AAGUAUGUGUGCGUGCUUGGGCAUGGGGGUGAGGGGUGGGGAGGGGAACCAAAAGACCAGAUUAUGUAGGCAAGAUAUCAAGAAGGACAGAGGCGUGACCAGUGAGAGGUUGGAGCUGGAAAAAGGAAAGGGUUGGCAGAAAAAGAAUGUUAUGACUUUUGUAGAAGGUGAUUGAUGUGUGUUCAUUUUAAUGUGUUCUCACUGCUGUUGUGGCUUCUGAGCUGUUGAUUUUUCUGGAAUGUAUAAAGUAGUUGCUGUUUUCAUUGUUUCUCUCUGGAUUGGAAGCUCCAACUUGCCUUUAGUUUGGGAACUGGGUUAAAGCUGACAAGCAAAGGCAUUUGGGUGGAGAAGCAGAUGCAGGCAGCAGGUUCCUUCUUGUUCUGACUAGCAACAGAAUUGUCAGCAUGCAAAUAUGCGGGCAACUUCAGCACCUGUGAGGAGAAAGCAGGAGCCUUAUGCUCUGUAAAGCCAUUAUUGAAAAGGGUAGGAAUCAAAUUAAAAGGGAAAAGAAUGAUUUGGGUUGAGGAUUGCUGCUUGGUCAUGAGGCUCAUCCUUGAUGCUCUGAGGGACGGGUGGUUGGAGGGUCUUGGCCUUAGAUAGCUUGAGUAAUGAAUCUAUAACUUGCCAUGGAAGUUUAUUUCAUUGCUGAACUCGGAUGCUAUUUCUGUUUUCCCAUUGCUUAACAUAGGCUCUCUCUGUUGCCAUUCAAGCUAAUUCAUUCCUGCUUGUCCUGUCAGUGACUAGUGAGAAUAAUCCGUCCUUGGCUUCUUUAGAACAGUUCUUUGUGCAUUCAUAGACUGAUCCCACUUCUCUCUAGUUGUAUGUCAAAGAACAAUGUGUUCAGCUAGCUUUGUAGGUACUGUAUUCUGAACCUUUUAUUGGUGUUCCUUGAAUUUUCUCCAGUUCUCUGGGGUCUGAGUGGUGAAUAGAGUGAAUUAAUUACUUGUUUUAUACAUGGGAUCCCUAGAGUUCAGUUGUACAUUUGCCUCUUCAAGGAAUUGUUUAAUUUUUUACACAUUGAUUCCUAGGGGUUUCUCUGUUACUGUGCCUUAGACCAGGGAUGUCAGACUUAUGGCCCAUGGAGCCAUGUUGUGUGGCCUGUGGAGUUUGUAGAAGGGUUGGGGAUUCAAGGGCAGAGCAGGCAAGGCCUGUCAGUAAAAUCUGGGGCAUGGACCCCCAUUGGACACAUGUUGGCACUUGCAUAAAAACAGUCGUGAAGUGGCUGGUUGCUACCGGACUGCUUGGCUUCUAUGUUCUAUCAUCUUUUCUUCACUCUGUUGCAUCUCAGGUGUGGGUUCCUCAGUCGGGGCCUGUGCCUCCUUGCGUGUGUAGGUACUCCCAACCUUUUAUUAAGUGUUUGAAAGCACGGGCAUUGGAGAAGCCUGUUAAGCAUUGUCUUUUAAAAUUUUGGUAUGUGAACGAUCUCCGUCUAACUUUUUCUCUUGCUUUGUGUAGGAUUCUCCGUUUUGGGUAAAGAAUGCAGACAAUAAAGUGCGUAGUUGUUGGAGAUGGCGCAGUGGGAAAAACCUGUCUUCUCAUCAGCUACACCACCAAUGCCUUCCCUGAAGAGUAUAUCCCCACUGUGUUUGACAACUAUAGUGCCCAGAUGACUGUUGAUGGCCGGACAGUUAGCCUGAAUCUCUGGGACACUGCAGGCCAGGAGGAGUAUGAUCGUCUGCGUACCCUCUCAUACCCCCAAACCAAUGUAUUUGUCAUUUGUUUCUCCAUUGGAAGUCCCUCUUCUUAUGCAAAUGUGAGGCACAAAUGGCAUCCUGAAGUCUCUCACCACUGUCCUAAUGUUCCAAUCCUUUUAGUUGGCACCAAGAGAGACUUACGAAGUGAUUUGGAAACGGUGAAAAAGCUGAAGGAGCAAAGCUUGACUCCCACUACCCCGCAGCAGGGAACAUCACUAGCCAAACAGAUUGGAGCAGUCAAGUACUUGGAAUGCUCAGCUCUCAACCAAGACGGUGUUCGAGAAGUAUUUGCUGAGGCUGUGCGUGCCGUUUUGUACCCAGUUACAAAGAAAAACACAAAAAAGUGUCUCCUGUUGUAGUUACUUACAGUGGUAGACGUUUGAGAUGGAAUAAAGACUGGCUGGCAUCGUGGAGGGUUCCUUCCUUUUUAACUGAAGAUAUGCAUCUUGCACUAACGGCUCUAAAGAAACAGUUUAUGCAAAGAAUAUUCUUGCAGUUUUCUUACUGCUUCAGGGAAACUGAGACAAUGAGUUUUUGUUCCAACCUAGUGAGAGCAUGGUCAAACACUUAUUCAUCUUCUAGAGUUCCAGAGUCUUCAACUUCUCCAGUCUUUGGUUGGCUUCUGUUCUUUUCCGUGGAGGAGCAAGAUAAGGGGACUUCUUCAAAGCCAAACAUUUCUUUCUGUACUAGACAAACUUCAGUUAUUGACCUGGCUGAAAGACAGAUGUUGACAAUUCUUCUUUAAGUGUAGUUGCUGCUUUUUCUGGCUCUUUUUUUCACUGAUCAGCUUGAUUGUCGAGAUGGAAGUGUGGCUUUCUAAUUAUUGCUUUAAUUUGACAAUAAGUUUGAAAAGCAUUUGUCAAAAUUCAAAAAUGCCUUCAGUAUUGCUGAGACUCACUUUAUAGUGAAGGAUGUGAUGAUAUAUAUGAAACUUAAUGAAAACCAGGCAUAUUUAAUUCAGUGGUCCAGACAUGAGGAAUACCUGACAUGGUUUUAUUAACUUUAUUAGCAUCUUUCAGUCUGUGGCAUUCUUAAUGACAGUGUAACUCAAAGGAAUGAUUUUCUUUUGUGUUGGAAUAGAGAGGUGAGGGGAAAACUUAAAUGCAAAUCUGCCAUAGCCUUCUCAGUUGUGUUAAGGUUUCUCUUCCCCUUCAAAAGAAACUUUAAAUUCUGAGUUCUCAGACUGCUUGGGGUAAUUGGUAUGACACUCCUUCUCAAAACAAACACUGGCUCAUUCCCUUUCCUUUGGUGAAUUCUGGAGGCUUGGCAGGAGCCUGUUUGCUCUCGAGGAACUAAUUUCUUUUGUCUUGACUGUAACUAGAGUCCCCUGCAUCACUGCAUCAGUUUUCAUGGCAAAUGCCCUUCUUUCUUCUUGGCAAGAUGCUAAAUGAGACCAAUGAAAUUUCCUCUGUGAACUGGCACCAGGAAGUGGAUUUAAUAGUGGUUCCAGCUAAAUUGGUCUUUGAUGUUUGGGCGGUCACCUUGGCUCUAGCGUGCCUAAAAAAUUCCCUGUGCUAGCUAGUUGAAUUUUAUAUUCAUUAAGCAUUUAACUAGAGCUUCAGUUAAUUUUUUUGUAGCCCAUUGUGAGUGAAGCCAAGAGCCAAAAACUGGAAGCAUGCUGUUUUAUCCACUUGAGAUCAGAAGAAAAGUGGCAGUGUGAAACCUCUCUUGAGGGCUAGAGUCACUGUGGAUUGCUGAUCUGGGAAGUGGUGUGCUUCAGAAGAGACUUUGUAUUAACCCAGUGGUGCUAGGACUGAGUUUUUUGCCUCUUGAAAUCAGGAGUUGUGCUCCUUGCAGCCUAAAUGAGUUGUUUGGGUCUCAUUUUUACUAACAACUUACCCAUGCAAAGGUUUGUUGGAUUUGUCCUGGAUGGAAUGAGCCCUUAUCUCUCUGCCUGGCAAGAUGCAGCAACUGGGCACUAAGAAACUAAUAUAUUAAAAAUAAUAUUAGCCUUGGCUCUUCUGCUGUAGAAGCACAAGAUGGCUAUGAAUAUGGCCCUGCCUGUGUCCUGAAAGCUCUCAGUAAGGAGGGAUGUGCCUUUCUCUGGUUGGUGUGCUGAUCCUGCCUUGAGUUAUAGUCCCAGUGUGUCUGAUGGCUAUGUUAGUUCUAGAUAGUAACUUAGCAAAUUGCACUCCAAGAGAAUAAAUUACAAAUUACGGUUGACCCAAAGUGCCAUAUGACUAGCUAAUGAAAUCAUGUAGUUUCCCAAGAAUGGUUCAAACAGAUACCAAAUGAACUGUAUAGCAUGAUUUCUGCAGAAACCUGAACACUUCUGCACACCAUUCUUCUCUGUUUUUCACCAAGUGCCAUUGACUGGAAAGUCUUUGCACCUUUUGCACUUGUGGAGGAAGUGUUGUUCCAAGCGUGGCCUCUAAGCCGGAGCCCUGCAAGCUGCAAUGUAAUACAAGAACCUCAGUGAUAUUAGUAAUUUGCUCCCUGCCUUCAGUUUAGCAGUCAGGUCUUUAGCUGGACCUUGACUUGCAAGCAACAAUAAUUCUGUGCCUUGUACUUAGACAUUUGUGUUUUGUGGGUAAACUUCAGUAAUAGAGUGAAUAGAUUUUAACCAAUAAGCCCUGUUCAAGCCUGGCCUAGAUUCAGAAUUUUGCACUGGUGUUUACCUUGAUAGAUUUUAAUUGUAUCUAUUUAGAUCAGUGAAAACCUAUGGCAUUUACUUAAAUGAAAGAUUAACUUCAAGUGCAUCUGGGUUAGAGGUUUGCACUGCUCUAAAUGGAUCACUUUUAAAUAGCAUCGGUGCAAUCUUUAAAUCAGCUGCACAAGCCCAAUUUUGUGCUGAAGCUCAUGCUAGUUUUGGGGUUUUUUGUUUUGUGUUUUUUUUUAGUAUUAAGUGAUUUAUGGACUGAAAUAUACCACUGUAGCCACUCUGGUCCUGUGGAACUGGGUGGUGAAGGAGGGUGAGCAUAGCAAGUCCCGGGAACAGAUACUGCUGCAUGCUUUCUUUUCCACAGUUCAGUGUGUCCAUUCUGGUGUUAACUGGAGGAGGAUCCUGGUGAUGUAGAAAGCUACCGCUUAGGCAGUUGGGUUAAGCCUGGAAUUGUGGUAUCCCCAUCUCUUUAAUCAACUAAGCAAGCCACUCCACACAGGAUUUAAGAGAUUAAUAUAACAAUGGUGAAUGUAAAAUAGAGGUGACCUUUGAACACAGCAACUUGGAAAGCUUUCACUGUCUUCAUAGUACCUCAUUAAUAGAAGCUGGUCACAAUGCCUUGCAUUACUGUAUGUUUUCUGCCAAGAGAAGCAAAUCCUGCUGGUCUGACGGUUCAUGUGCUUCAGCACCUGGUCCCUGCAGGAGCACUGGCAGGAGCGGGGGGAUUCCUUGUGCUCGCGCUCCAGAGCUCAGAUGUCCUCUCCCAUUCCUGACUUUCGUAACACAUGUAUUGUUAUUAGUAUUGUAACUAGCGCAUAGCGUUUCUCUGGGAUCCUUUCUUGCCCCAUUUUUGUGUCAGCUGGUAACAGAUGGCAAUUUAGUGGCUCCCUGAAGAACUGGUUUGGUUUUGACAGGGUUCA